AUGGUUUCUUUAAAAACGUUAGAGGACUAUCUUAGAUCAAAAGACAACUCCAAGAACUUUAUAAACUGUUCAGAAGUUCCACCUAUUUGUAAGUCUGAACCUUGUAUGCUAGGAGUUGAUGAAGCAGGUCGAGGACCAGUUUUAGGGCCAAUGGUUUAUGGAGUGGCAUUCUGUCCAUUAAGUCAGAAAGCAGUUCUGCAGUCUUUGGGAUGUGCCGAUUCUAAAGCACUAACAGAAGAUAAGCGUGAUGAAAUUUUCACAAAAAUGUUAACUGAAAGUGAACCAGUACAGAAUGUCGGUUGGACUGCAGAAAUUAUAUCUCCUAAUUACAUUUCUAAUUCUAUGUACAGAAGAGCAAAACAUUCUUUAAAUGAGGUGUCUAUGAACUCUGCAAUAAGUUUAAUUAAAAAAGUAAUUGAAGAAGGAGUAAAUUUAGCAGAAAUUUAUGUGGAUACAGUUGGCCCUCCUGAGAAAUACCAGGCCAAAUUGUUAGAAAUAUUCCCUAAUAUUAAAAUAACGGUUGCAAAAAAGGCUGAUUCAAUAUAUCCCAUAGUUUCGGCGGCUAGUAUUGUGGCAAAAGUGACCAGGGACCAUGCUCUUAAAGUGUGGAGCUUCAAGGAGGGUUUGGAUAUGGACCAUACUGGAUUCGGUAGCGGAUACCCUGGAGAUCCUCUGACAAAGAAGUUUAUUCGUGACCAAGUAGAUAAUGUAUUUGGAUAUCCACUACUUGUUAGAUUCAGUUGGUCGACGGCUGAACUUAUGCUUCAAGAAAAGGCGGCUACGUGUACUUUCGAAGACGUUGAAGAAGUGAGCCCAAAUAAGAAAGCCGCAGGCACGAAGUCUAUCAGUACUUUCUUUUCGCCAAAAGAAGAUAAGAGAUUGAGAAAAAGGCACAAAUUUUUUGAAGAAAGAUAUCUGAACGUGAUAAAUGCUUUUGAAUAA